AUGGCGUCAGAAAAACAAAAUGGUGCGACGACAGACAUUGUAAAGAUAAACAUUGACAGUUCUCUGAGCGGGAAAAAUGACACAGAAAUGGCGGAUAACCAAAUCAAUAUUUCUAAGGAGAAACCUCAAAAUGGGAAUUUCACCGAUUUAUUGCAAGUUUCUAACGAUAAAGAUCAACUGGGGGUUCCCCGACAUGGGCACAGGAUGUCUUUUAUGGAGGAAGAGAGUGUGAAGGAUAAAAUACGUCUGUCCUUAUUAAAACAGUGCUCAGCUAUUCUAAAGCAAGGAGACCAAAGAUACAGCAAAGAAACUUUACAUCGGGCAUUUCAGGAUGAGGAUCUCUUGGAAAGAAUUUUCCGAUUGUUUGACGUGGAACGACAAGAUCAUCUCGUGCAAGAAGAUUGGUUUGAAUUUUUAAAAGAAAGAUUAAGAGAGGAAAAGCAGUUGGAUUUCGUGGAGCAAGUAGAGAGUGUUGCUUACGUGCUGUGCGGGGACGGAGACAUCACGCUCGAUACUUUCCAGUCUAUUUUGAAGAAUAAAGUGGUAAUAAAUAAACUACUAAAGGUCGUGGACACCGACGGCGACGGGCACGUGACGGCUGACGAAGUCAUGGAGUUCAUUUCAGCGGUGUCGAGCUGCAGACCCUAUGUAGGUAUAGACAAGUUGAGCGUAGCGCGCUUGGAGCAGUUGUUCAGAGAAACUGCGGGAGACGAGAAGGAGAUCACUCGCGAACAGUUCCAGAAGAUCGUGGUGUCUAAGAAUCCAUUCUUCACUGAGAGAGUUUUCCAAAUCUUCGACGAAGACAACUCCGGCACGAUCUCGCACCACGAGUUCAUCGAGGCGGUGCAUCGUUUCGGACACCAGACACCGGAAGAUAAGAUACGCUUUUUGUUUAAAGUUUAUGAUUUGGAUGGCGACGGUCUGAUCCAGCAGCGCGAGCUGCAGCACGUGCUGCGCGCCUGCAUGCUGGAGAACGGCAUGCAGUUCAGCGAUGCGCAGCUGGCGGAGCUCGCUGCCGCCAUGCUGGAGGACGCCGGCGCGCUCACGUACGAGGCGCUGCGAGACCAGCUCGCCAGGCACGAGGGCCUGCUGGAGAAUCUGUCCAUAAGCAUAGACCGAUGGCUGGUGCCGCCCACGCCGGAGCCGGAGCCGACCUCGCUGUACCAGCGGCUGCGCAAGAUGAAGCCCUACCAGCUCUCCCUCUCGUAUUUCCGCAACAACUACGUGUAUGUCUCGUACUUAAUGGUGUUCUUUGCGAUCAACGUCGGUCUGUUUGCGGCGAGAGUGGUGGAGUAUUGGCUAUCUAAUGUUUUCGUUAUAUUUGCGAGGGCGUGUGGCCAGUGCCUCAACUUCACGUGCACGUGGCUGCUGGUGCUGAUGCUGCGGCGCUCGAUGACGGCGCUGCGCGCGCUGCCGGUGGGCGCGCUGCUGCCGCUCGACCAUCACGUGUACCUGCAUAAGCUCACCGGCGUGCUCGUGCUCGCCUACAGCGCCGUGCACGCCGUCAUGCACAUCUGCAACUUCACCCUGGUGGUGGUGUACGACCCGGAGCUGAAUCCGCGCAACCUGACGGCGGGCGAGUGGCUGUGCACGGUGCGGCCCGGCGUGCUGGGGCUGUGCGCCGGCUGCGCCAACCCCACGGGCUUGGCGCUGGCCGCCGCGCUGCUCGGCCUCGCGCUGUCCUCGCGCCCGGCGCUGCGACACGGUGGAUGCUUCGAGAUAUUCUACUUUGCACAUCUUCUGUACAUACCGUUCUACAUACUACUGAUCCUCCACGCGCCCAACUUCUGGAAGUGGUUCCUGGUGCCGGGGGUUAUCUACAUCAUAGAGAAGACCAUGAAGUUGGCUUGGAUGAGGUCGGGGCGCGGCAAGACGUACGCGGUAUCGGGCGCGCUGCUGCCGUCGCGCGUCACGCACGUGGUGCUGCGCCGGCCGCCGCACUUCGACUUCCGCGCCGGCGACUACGUGUUCGUCAACGUGCCCGCCGUCGCGCUCUACGAGUGGCACCCCUUCACCAUCAGCAGCGCGCCCGAGCACCAUGACUACCUGUGGCUGCACAUCCGCGGCGUCGGCGAGUGGACCAACCGCCUCUACGCGUACUUCGAGGAGCAGCAGCGCCGGGCGCAGGCCGCCGACAGACACGAGAAAGAGUCUCGUCGUGGGUCCGCACUUAGCUGUAGGAGCCGCCGCAAGAGCUCCUCCAGCAAGAAGCGGUCGGUGGACUUCUCGCCCUUCGCGUACGCAAACGACGCCUUCACCAUUGAGGAGGAAACUAAAAACGAAGAACCUGCCGCGUCACCUCCACCUUUACUGUCGCGCCCGUCGUUCCUGUCGCCGCUGCGGCUGCUGGAGAAGUCGCGCUCGAUGCCGGACGUGCGCUCCAGCAAGAAGAGGAUACACGCUCUCCACGAAUACCACCGCUCGGAGUCCACGUUCACAUUGCCCGAGGGUCGUCGCGACGGGAGUGGUGGGGGUGUUUCGGGGGGUGCUGGGGGUGUUCCCGGAAAAACUGGGUGUGUUAGAGGUGGUGGGGGUGCUGCCCUUUCCUUGGCGCAUAGUUUCCGCUACAUGAGGACGAAACCCCCUAUCAUCGCAUGUAAACCCCCCAGUGAAGAGAGGAGGCGGUCUAAUGAGAGUAUUUUAAGUAUUGCAAGACGCCGUCUUUCAAAGAGUAUAUCGCCAGACAAAGACGACGUCAAUGAGAAGCCCGAUAUCAACAUUGAGUCUCCUUCCGACGCGCCUGAAGAAAGCGAUGACAACUAUCAUAUCACCAGACCUUUAGAGGUGUACCUGGACGGGCCGUACGGCGCGCCGUCGUCGCACAUCUUCCGCGCGUCGCACGCCGUGCUGGUGGCGGCUGGCAUCGGCGUGACGCCCUUCGCGUCGCUGCUGCAGACCGUCAUGCUGCGCCACCGCGCCGCGCGCCGCCGCUGCCUGCGCUGCGCCGCCGCGCUGCCGCCGGCCGCCAGCCCCGGCAUGAACCUCAAGAAGGUGGACUUCUUCUGGAUAAACCGCGAGCAACGUUCUUUCGAAUGGUUUGUCUCACUCCUCUCUCAGCUAGAGAUGGAACAAGCGGAAGAUGAAGCUCUAGCUGCAGAAUUAGAAGAGAUGAAAGGAAAGGGAGAGGGAGAAGGAGAAGGACAGGAGGACAAGGAGAAAGCAAAAGAAAAUUCUCGCUUUCUAGAAAUGCACAUGUAUAUAACAAGCGCGUUACAAAAGAGCGAUAUGAAGGCGGUGGGAUUGCAACUCGCAUUGGACUUGUUACAUGAAAAGGAAAAGCGCGAUCUAAUAACCGGUCUGAAGACGCGCACGAACGCGGGCCGCCCCAACUGGGACAAGGUGUUCCAGCGCGUGCGCGCGCAGCGCCGCGGCGCCGUCACCGUGUUCUACUGCGGGCCGCCGGCGCUCGGCCGCGAGCUGCGCCGCAAGGCCGCGCGCUUCGGCUUCGGCUUCCGCAAGGAGGUCUUC